AUGGAUUGUUCGAGCAUUGCCGAAUCAGACCUAGAUGUCCUGUUGGUUCAUGACCGGUGGAAGGAUUGUCAAACAUUGAAGACAAUGGACUGGCAGAUCGCAGACAACUUCCGGCCCUUAGACUUGGGAUUUUCAUUGGCUGAUAAUGACUCGAUUUCCGACAUGCAUGCUCAACAAGGGUCUGACAUCUUGGAUAUGCAAUUCCCCACCUUGGAUGAUCAUGACCGGUCAGAUGGUGAGACAUUGGACCUAGGAUUUCCUCCUCUAGAAGUCAGUGAUCCCUCCAGCAACACAGAAUACGGCGCUUUGGAGAUGGGUUUCGACACAUAUCCAGUAGAUGAUGUUCCACACAUUGGGAACAAUAUUCAACCGGCAGAAAACCCUUUAGAGAUGGGUUUUGAAAUGGAUCCGGUGCAUAACAUUCUGGAUCAGUCACUUGGUGUCAGUCAACCGGAUCCCAUCGGAUUUGUCAUUCAGAGGGCUGUAGGUGAUUUGCAGAUGGCGAUGCACCAGUUGGAGAUUGACAGGGCUGGCGUUGCAAUGUCGCCGGACGAAACAUUUGUGAGACAGCGAGUUCUUGAGUGCAUUGAAGAGUUAUUGAUGGCAUGUCGACUGAUAUCGAUAGCUCAACUUUCAACGUGA